AUGCUUAAUGCAUUCGAUGAGAAGUCGGCAGAAGCUGGUGCGGCAAUCGAUUUGGCCGCUAUUUCCGGAGAGGAAAUUCAGUUGACGGUGCCCUCGGCUUCCGUUGGGACGACCGCUGGCCAGGUGCGGAAUCCAUUGGAUGGGGCGCGAUUCAAGUGCAAGUUUUGUCCGACCUUCACAACAACGGCGGAAGAUUUCAUCAAACAUUUCAUUAUGCACUUCGGUCGGAAUCGGAUAUCGUAUAAGCAGAUGUCCCAGGAGGAAGCUCGUGCUCUGCCGAAUGCUUGCGAGAAGUUCGUUUGUGGGAUUUGUGCUCGGUGCUUCGAAACGAGGGAUGAUGUUAAGGACCACAUGAUCAAGGAUCAUGGAUUUAAGGAGGCAAAGCCGAAGGAACCAGCGGAAGCACCCCCGGCACCUGUCCCCGUUCCUUCGGUGGGAGUUAAACGUAAAUUGGACGAUGAUUUUGUCGAUUCGCAGAAGCUUCAAUUGAGCGGCGAUUCGUCGAGUUCAUCGGAGGAAGGAACAGAGAAUAAGAAAUUGUCCUCGGCCAAAACUUCUGUGGCCGUAGUUCCUCAAUCAACGGUGGCGGGAACUUCAGUGACGGUUCCUGCAGCAGCAGCUGUUAUCAAUCCCAGUGCCCCAUCGUCAGUAGUCUGUGAUAGUGAAACACCAAAUCUUCCCUCGACAACUCAACCUGCAGCAGCUGGAGUUCAACCUCAUCCGGUUUCCAACGCUGCGAGUUCUAGUGCAGUAGCUCCAGCGCCCACACCUCAGCUUCCCAAGCCAGCCGAGGGAGAGGAUGCCGAAUUGAACGAGUAUCUUCAACCGAUGACGCUCAAAACGCUAAAACUCCGACUGCUAGCCGGACUGAAGCUGAAAUGUCCCCAAAAAGGUUGCGUCUACAAGUUCGAAACCCGAGCCAAACGAGACAUUCAUUUGAAAUGUCACAAUGUGGAACCAGCGCUGAUUGGACCCGGUGGACCAGUGCCCGGAACUGCAGCAACUGGAACCUCGGCGAAAGAGGAAAAGAAGGACAACUUCAAGUGCUACCAGUGCGGCGUUGAGUUUCCCCGGUGGAGAGAGUGUUGUCAGCAUCUGUGGAAGCAGCAUCAAAUCGACGUCAAUAUGCUCAAGUGUCCCGUUUGCGAUGUGCGGUUCGAGUUUGCCGUGAAAGUCUAUCGACAUCUUCAGACGCAUCGCCCGGUAAAAGCAUAUAGUUGCACGUCUUGUGGAAAGUCAUUUGCAACCCAUUCGCAGCUUUUUGGUCCACGAGUCUCUCCACAAGAAGCAACAAAUGCAACGUGCCAAGCUGAAAGCAGCUGCUUCGAAAGAGGCCGGAACUGACGCGGAAGGCAAAGCGGUUGAGGCCGACAACGAAGGCAACGGAGACGAUGAGGCCGAAGAGGAAGCAAAUGCCGAUGGGGAAGGCAAACCGAAAGCGGAAAAGUUACCAUGGUAUGCCGAGCGGAAGUGCGACAUCUGUGGGCACAUGUUUGGGACGUCGAAAAUU